GACCAGGUGAUGCAGGUUGUUCGUGAGCAGAUCACCAGGGCUCUGGCCAUGAAGCCGUCAUCUUUAGACCAGUUGAAGAAUAAACUGCGAGGACUCAACUAUUCUGAGAUCCUGCGUCUGCGGCAGUCAGAGAGAAUGAGCCAGGAUGACUUCCAGUCUCCACCCAUCAUUGAGCUGCGGGAGAGAAUUCAGCCUGAGAUCUUAGAGCUCAUCAAGCAACAGCGACUGAACCGGCUGUGUGAGGGGAGCUGUUUCCGUAAACUGGGGAACCGCCGCAGGCAAGAGAAGUUUUGGUUCUGCAGACUCUCGCUGAAUCACAAAGUGCUGCACUAUGGGGAUCUUGAUGAGUCACCUCAGGGUGAAGUACCUUUUGAGCUCCUAAGUGACAAGAUUCCUGUUUCUGAUAUAAAGUCUGUGGUGACCGGGAAAGACUGUCCUCAUAUGAAAGAAAAAAGUGCUCUGAAACAAAACAAGGAGGUGCUGGAGUUAGCCUUUUCUGUCCUCUAUGAUCCAGACGAAACUCUCAAUUUUGUGGCACCAAACAAAUAUGAGUACUGCAUCUGGAGAGGGCUGUGUGCACUGCUGGGUAGAGAGAUGGGCAGUGACCUGACACGCAGUGACCUAGAUACUCUCAUCAGCAUGGAGAUGAAGCUCCGCCUCCUCGACCUUGAGAACAUCACAAUUCCAGAAGCCCCGCCCCCUGUGCCCAAGGAGCCUAGCUCGUACAACUUCACCUACAACUACAGUUGAGAUGUGCGCCUGAGCAUGUGAGUGAGUGUUUGUUGGGCUCAGCAUGUGUGUGAGUUUUGUCAAGAAUGAGUUUUCCCGACCUUUUGAUGAAUUCAGCUGCAGAUGUAUUUUUUAUCUCCACUUCAUUUCAGAUCCCUGGAGGUUUCUCUAUGUCCGUGUUUGUGAUUCUCUUUAGUUUGUCAGAUGUGUUUAUAGCUCCACAGGGAGUUCAGAGGUCAGGGUCCACUACAGAGUUGCUUUCCUGGAGCUGGUAGAAAUUCAGUGAGUGAAUUCAGCAGUCUCCAGGCAACAAUGAUUUGUAUUCCUCAUUCUUUGCUAUUUAAAGAUAUAGAGCUGCCUUUAACGAUGAGGGAUACUGUGCCUGAAGGUGGAAACAGAUGCAA